AUGUCCUCCACCGCGCAGUCCUCCAGAAGGCAGUGGUGCUACCUCUGCGACCUGCCCAAGAUGCCGUGGGCCAUGCUGUGGGAGUUCAGCGAGGCCGUGUGCCGUGGCUGUGUCAACUACGACGGAGCAGACCGGAUAGAGCUGCUGAUCGACACGGCCAGACAGUUGAAAAGCUCACAUGGCGUGUUGGAUGGACGAUCUCCCGGUCCACAACAGGGCAAGCCCACGUCUGCUGGAGCCAUGGAGGCGGGCAGGCAGCAUGGGGACCGCGCAGACCGGGGCAGGGCUGAUUAUGGGACAUCUUCGCGUCUGCCCAACGGCCUCCAUAGAGCAGAAGAUGUGGCUUUGUCAGAAGGCAGCCGUCAGAGUCCAAACACACGCAGGGCAAUCGCUGGGACAAUGCAGAGUCUACACGGGUCUCUUCCUGCUCAUGCUCUUCUAGCCCAGGGUCUGGUCGCAGCCCCUCAUGGCAUUUUAGCCCCUUUAUCAAGAUCUGGGGCUGCUCCUAUAGCUGUGUCUGCAGGUUCAAUGAUGGGAGAGGGAACCAGAAGACAGCAUGCGCACCUGGGGGUGGCUGCCAGCACCUCUGCCAUGGGUAUAUACCCAGCAGUGUGGAGCAACAAUGAAGUCAUGGCUGAACUUAAUGAGAUCGCUCGUAAUCGUGUGGAAGGCUGGCCCACUCGUCCCAAAGCAGUGCGGGAUGUUCUUGUAGCACUCAACAGCUGUGUCCCGUUCAGUGUGCGCUUUAGGAAGGACCACAAUCUAAUGGGAAAGGUCCUGGGCUUUGAUUCUAGUUCCACUCCAGAGUUUGAGCUCAGAGUGUUUAUAGAGUACCCCUGUGGCUCUGGCAUGGUGUUUUCAGGGGUGCCAGACCUGGUAAGGCAGAUGUUCCGAGAUUCUUCAAAGGAUGCUGGUAAAGCGGUGAACUCUGGGCUGCGUUAUGUGGAAUAUGAGAAGAGGCACAACAGCGGGGACUGGCGCGGCUUCUCGGAGCUGCUAAACGAUGGUGUCCGUCUGUUCAAAGAGCCCCCUAUCCCUGAAGUUUUACCUCAGCCAGACCCCAUUCUUUCCAUGGCAGCCUCUGGACGACCUGUUUCAUCUAAAAGCACCAGUCGGCGUCGCAAGGCUUCUCCGGGCUCAGAAAAUGGUGAGAGUGAAGGUAGACCAGAGCACGUGGGCAGAGAGGCGUGGCCUAGGGGAGGCUACCCUGGCAUGGAGACUCAUCCCCCUGACGGCCCUCCUCGCCUUCACAGCCAGCCUUCACCUAUCUCAGCUCUCAUGGGAGUAGCCGACAGCCUGAGCUCCAAUCAGCUAGCCCGGGACAGUCCCAACAUGUCAGUAGGGCACACCUCCACUGUGGGGCGCCCCCCCAGCAGUAGCCCUUCCACUGCCUCUACGUCUGUCUCCCAAGCCAACAUGGGCCAAGGAUCAGCCUCCGGGACGUCCAGUAACACUACAGCAGGCGAGUCGAGCAGCGGGGCCCAGCCCGUUCUGCUCUGCUGCACCCUGUGUCGAGAGCGCCUGGAGGACACUCACUUUGUCCAGUGUCCCUCUGUGCCACACCACAAGUUCUGUUUCCCAUGUACACGUGGAUUUAUCCGAAGCCAAGGUCCGGGGAGCGAGGUGUAUUGCCCCAGUGGAGAGCGCUGUCCCCUCGUAGGCUCUAACGUGCCCUGGGCCUUCAUGCAAGGAGAGAUCUCCACCAUUCUGGCAGCUGACGCAGAUGUGACGGUCAAGAAGGAGAGUGACCCUUGA